AUGCCAGCCUUGACGUCUAGCCAUGGCUGUGGGUGCGGCAACUCGCAUCCGACUGAACCGGUGAAGCAAGAGCUCUCUGGUGCAGCGCUGCCUGCCAAGACAGAGCUGGCAGUGAAUGCCCUGCAAGUCGUGCAGGAAGCAAAUGAGCGAGUGGAACAUGCCCAACAGGCUUUGAGGGCUGCGGCACUCCGCCAUCCGAAGGGUACGUUUCAGUUGAGAAUGCAGGCUCACGCCAUGGCCCUUGAAGCACAGCGCGCAGCCAAUACCCACUUGCAGGAGUGCCUCGCACUGGAGGAGGCAGAGGAAGAUGCGGUGCGCGGAAGCCACUGUGUGCCCACCGUAAAGCAGGAGCCACAAUGGGAGAGUGACUCAGAUGACUCCCUUGGUUCCCUUGUCCCAGAUGUUCCGGACUGGAAGCUGAAGCCUUCCCCAGAUCACUUCAUACCCGCGCCGCGCACAAGUUGUAAGGCAGAGCCAUUAGUCCCCUGCGGGCCAGCUCCAGAUGCAGUAUCGGUACGUAGGAAGCCAUGUAAAAAUGAGUUCACCCUGCAGCGCGAGGCCUCCAAGACCGAGCGAUUGGCAUCAUGUAGGAACACUCCACCUGCACGCAGAGCAUUGGAAAAUUGUCCCACGCUGCCACUGCGCAGAACUUGCAAGAUUGAGCCGACAACGUCACCAAGGGCACGCUCGACGAUUUCUGGAAGGCUGAGCUAUUUCUCGCCGCCGGUGGUCAGACCUUCUUGCAAGUCAGAGCCUUCAACAAUGCUGGGUCGGCAGUGCAAGGUGGAGCCGUCAGCAGCUUGGAGCACAGCCUCAGCUGCAGCAAUGGUGCCGGCUGAGGAAGAUGAAGAUGACCUUUGCUUCUGCCAUGGCCAGAUUUCAAGGCAGUUCCGGAGCCCUCCGCACUGUGGGCAGCCAUUGAACACAUUGCUCGAGGACCUGCUUUCGGAGAAGGUCUUCCCAUUGGACGUAACACCAUUGGUGGCCGUCGAAGACGAAAACAAGAUCUGGGUUGUCUGUGGCAAUCGCCGCCUCUUUGUGCUACGGCAAUACUCCCAACAGGUGCGUGAUGCCAAUGGACAAAUAGACGUCCCGGUCUAUGUUCACAAGAAAACCUCGUCAAACCCGCUGCCGUCCUCUUUGUUCGCGAAGUAUGUUGAGGCAUCCUCGACCAGGAAGGACGGGGGAUGGCCUUCAUUCUUUCCAAAACAGGGGGCAUGGGGUUGCAAGAAGCAAGAUCGCGACAAUUCCUGA